GUUUGUUUUUAAUUAUUUUUUAUUUAUUUUGAUGAAUUUAUUGGAUUUUCGUGUAAUUAAAAAUGAAAAAGAAUAAACCGUUGCUCUACGAGUACGAUAAAGAACUAGCCUCAGCUUUUCAACUCGAUUGCGAGUUCUUUUUAUUAGAAUAUGAAAAGUAUGAAUCUUGUAGUUUUAAAGAUUUUGUAACGCUGUGGCGUGAAAAGGCUUUUACAAAUGUUUUUGCGGAUCAAAAAUAUGCAAUGUUUCUUAAAGAUUUUUGUGAGAAUUGUUUCUGGAUGGUUAAGAAAUGCUUAAUGUUUCCUAAAAGUAUAUACACUCAAAUAGGGGCAUUUUAUUUACUAUAUGGAUUGUAUUACAAACAACCCGUUAGGAAUUGGGUGAAAAUAAGAAUUACUUUAGAAGAAUAUCAAAAAUUGUACGAACUAGUACUCGAAAUGAAAAACCGUCGACAAUUAGACGCCGUUUAUAUAUUUUUUAAAAUGAAAACGGACGAAGUCUUUUUAUUUGUCGCAGAGAAAAAUGCACUGGGGCCUGAAGACAGAUUUGCCAAAAAAGUAGACCUAUUUAAAAAUGAUACUUUCGUUAAAGUUAAAACUGAAAGUUGCUUAUCGAUGUUUCAAGAUAUAUGUUCAUCAGAAUUACUCAAAAAUUUUAACAAAACCGACAAGGAGUAUUCAGAUUUGAAAAAGAAAUAUUCAGAAAAGUGUUCCUACAUUCCAUCAUUUUCGUCAACGCUUGUGGAAUCUAUUCAGACUUUUAAGCAGACUUUUGAAGAGAUAGAGGGAGAGCCUUCUGACCAACCACAAUCCAGUGUUAGUGAAAUUUACGAAUCCAGAACUGCUGCAAAAAAUAAAGCGAUGACUAGCAAAAAUACUGGUUAUAGGGAACAGAGAAAUGUCAAACCAACUAAAUAAAUACAAAAAUUGUAACGGUGAAUCUCGUGAAAAAAUCUUAAUUUCCUUGCUUUAAAAUGAAAUGACAAGUAUAAAAUAAUGUAUA